AUGAAAAUUGUGGUUCUGUGUAUUAUUAUAUCUGUAGUUUCCGUUUGGUGUGCUAAGAUUCAAAACUAUGAAAAUCACCGGCAGGUGACUAUUCUAGAACAUGAAAAUAAUAUAGGAGAAGGAACUUAUAAUUUUGGCUUCAAGACGAGUGAUGGUUCCCAAAGGCAGGAAAGAGCAGAAUUGAAAAAUCCAGGAGGUAAAGAUGAGAGUAUGGUCGUACAAGGUUCUUACACCUUCGUUGGAACAGAUGGAAAUACAUACACGGUCAAUUAUAUUGCUGAUGAAAAUGGAUAUAGGGCCAGCGGAGAUCACAUUCCCACAAACGAAAAACGUGUAUGA